AACAAUGUAUACAUGCAAGUUGCAGUCGUAAAACAAGUUAGAACUUAGAAGUUGUAGGUUUUCCCGCCGAAAAUAAUCUCUCAUCGCCCAUUCAAGGAUGGACUUCCCUGACGCAGAUGAGCUUCAGUGGCUAGAGGCCAAUCAGGAGGAGGAAGUGGAAGUACAGGAGGAGGAAGCGGAAUUACAGGAGGAGGAAGAGUCCCCAUUUGGACUGAAAGUAAGAGGCGAACGAAUAUACGAAAACGAAGAUGAACUAUUUGAAUCGGAAGAAAUACCUCAAUCUCCUGAACAACAAUCUCAAAUUCAGAUUCGGUCUAGCGAGAAGAAGCGUCAUCGAACUCGGCUGGAAAUUGAUGAUGAUGAUGAGUGUGCUAGGGUUAGCGUUAGGGUUAGGGUUACAACUGAACACGAAAAUGACAAGUAUUUGUCCCGCUAUGCAUCUGAAAUAGAUGGCGAUUGUGUGCCAAUCACCGCUCCCUCUGGCUCUGGUGAACGGGUCUAUGCCAAGCUUGACAAGCAAUUUUUUUCAGUUGCUAACAAGUUCAAUAUGGCAACCAAAGCUAGCGAUAUCGGGCUUAUCUCAGAGCCAGUAUGUGCUUUGCUUCAAAAAGCAGAGCAGGAUGCACUGUUAAAGGCUUUGCAGGCUAGUUCUGAUGUCCAAAACACUUCAAUAUCUCCAGAAACGUCAAUUAUGACCGAAGAACUUUGGGUAAACAAAUAUGCUCCAAAAUCUUUCACUGAGCUUCUUAGUGAUGAACAAACAAAUAGAGAGGUUCUCUCUUGGCUGAAACAGUGGGAUGCCGCAGUGUUUGGCGAUGACAUCAGAAACACUGGAGACGAGGUUUUAUCUGCACUGCGACGGCAUUCGUCUCUUCCCCUCCACCAGAGAAACUUGAGUGCUAGUUUUCUUGGGAAAAGUAGAGGACCUAUAUAUGCUAGAGCAUACAUGGGGAAUUCAUCUAUGCUGGAGCAGGAAAAUAAUAGGCCAAAAUGUAUUGAUGGUUCGCUAAACAAGAUGGAGAAUGGUUCAGGGACACUAGAUCAGAAGAUACUUUUGCUUUGUGGUCCGCCUGGACUAGGAAAGACAACUCUUGGACAUGUGGCUGCAAAACACUGUGGAUAUCAUGUUAUGGAGAUAAAUGCUAGCGAUGACCGGUCAUCAACUACAAUUGAGGCAAAGAUCUUGGACGCAGUGCAAAUGAACUCAGUCAUGGCUCUCUCAAAACCCAAAUGUUUGGUGAUUGAUGAAAUAGAUGGAGCACUUGGGGAGGGAAAAGGUGCAGUAGAGGUCAUUCUAAAGAUGGUGAUGGCUGAAAAGAAGUCUUCUGGAGGAAGUGAAGCCUCUACCAAAGAGGAACCCUAUGGAAGGAAAUUGUCUAAUAAGGGGCGCAAAUCAGUGUCCCUGUCGCGACCUGUGAUUUGCAUAUGCAAUGAUCUCUAUGCGCCUCCCUUAAGGCCUCUGCGACAUGUAGCAAAGGUUCAUGUGUUUGCCCAGCCAACUGUGAAUCGCGUGGUAAGCAGGCUGAAGUACAUAUGUAACAGGGAGGGAAUGAAGAUAAGUUCCACUGCAUUGACUACACUUGCUGAAUAUACAGAAUGCGAUAUUCGGUCGUGUUUGAACACACUUCAGUUUCUUCAUAAGAAGAAGGAAACACUCAAUCUGGUGGCAUUAAGUUCUCAAGUGAUUGGUCGGAAGGACAUAACAAGAAGUGUUUUUGAUGUCUGGAAAGAGGUAUUCCAGAAGAGGAAACCGAAGCAAAGCCGAAAAUGUGAUUUUAGUCCAAGCAAGAUGCCUGAUACACAUGAUUCCCUUUACGUUUUGGUUUCCAACCGGAAUGAUUAUGAAUUAAUUUUUGAUGGGAUUCAUGAGAACUUUCUGCAACUGCAUUAUCAUGAUCCAGUGCUGCAGAAGACGGUGCAAUGCCUUGAUGCUCUUGGCGUUUCUGACUUACUCCACCAGUGUGUUAUCCGUACGCAUAACAUGUCUCUUUUUGCAUAUCAUCCUUUUAUCAUUAUAACAAUACAUCAGCUUUUGGGACGUGUGGAAACACCAAGUAUCGGAUGGCCUAAAUCUUUUCAGAGAUAUCGCUCAUUGCUGAUGGAAAAGAUUGAAAGGGUAAGGUCUUGGCAAACUAAAAUACCACCAUGCAUUUCGAGGCAUCUGUCAGUGGAUUCAUUUAUUGAGAAUACCGUUUCUCCGUUAUUGCAUAUUCUCUCUCCAGCAAAUCUGAGACCGGUUGCAGCACAGUUACUAUCAGAGAAGGAGAAGAAUGAUAUGGCUCAGUUACUUAGCACUAUGGUUUCGUUAUCUCUAACGUAUAUAAACACAAAAUCUGAGUCAAUAGCAAAUAACUUACCGCGUGAUGGAAUAAUAAAUGCCUCGUCAUUGAAUUUGGAUCCACCUAUUCAGGGUUUUGUGAACUUCAAGGGUUACAAACCUGGACACUAUGAACUUACGUCUGCAGUGAAGCAAGUUCUCGUUUAUGAGGUUGAAAAACAAAAGAUAGUCCAGGAAAGCUUAGCCAGAUUCAUGCAUUCAGUUGACAGCUCCAAACAAGAUAUGGAUGAUGCAAGGGAUAAAGAAAAGGGAAUGACUGAAACAUUUAGAGUACAUCAGGCUAGAUGUGAUUCUUACAAGAAACAAAUAAUAAGGAAUGCUUCACAGAAAGACAUCUGCCAACCACAUGUCCAUAGAGAUACAUCAUCCCUGGGGUUUGGUUCGACAUCAGCUGAUGCAAUGAAGUCAAAAUCCACUGGAGAUGUGAAGAAGCCUUCAAUUGGUUCCUUUAACUUCUUUGACAGGUUUAAAAAAUUGAGUCGCAAGGGUCGCUACGAUGUAGAUAGUUUUGAAGAGAAGCUAACAGAAGCUGAGAAAGAUGGGCAUCAUCUCUUAUUCAAGUUCAACGAGGGUUUUACUAAUGCAGUGAAGAGGCCUGUGCGUAUACGUGAAUUCUUACUAUGACGGAGACCAAAAGCAUGUCUUAUGGAAAAGUUGCUUUCGUAGAACGGGUAUAUUACCUUAGAAAAUUUCAAACCAGUAAGCUCAAAGUAAAAGAUUGGUGCUUUGACCUUGUUUAUUGAACCCUCAAAACAGUAUGACAAGUUGACAGCAAUAUAUAUAAGCUUAUGACUGAAUUUAUAUAUGCAAAGCGCCGUGCAAUUUUUACUUCAA